AUGUUUGAUGAUGGUGAAUUGUCAGUGGAAUACUCUUCGGACGAUAACUCUGAGCCAGAUGUCGACUUGGAGAAUCAAUAUUACACUGCCAAAUCUAGAAAAGAAGAAAGUCCACUCUUAGCAUUGGAAGAAUUUCAAAAGGUACUGGACAUUGAAGCCACAGGUGCCAAAGGUGAUUGGGGCUUUCGUGCCUUGAAACAAAUGAUAAAAAUCAACUUCAAGCUGGGAAGGUUUUCUGAAAUGAUGAUUAACUACAGGACCCUCCUGACCUACAUAAAAUCUGCUGUCACCCGAAACUAUUCCGAAAAAUCCAUCAACUCCAUACUUGAUUAUGUAUCGACCUCCAAGCAAAUGGAUCUGCUUCAACAGUUCUAUACGACAACUUUGGAUGCACUCAAAGAAGCAAAAAACGAGCGACUUUGGUUCAAAACAAAUACCAAGCUAGGCAAAUUGUACUUGGAACAGGGUGACUACAUCCAGCUCCAACGGAUUGUCAAAGAACUGCGCGAAUCCUGUCAAACAAAUGAGGGUGAAGAUGACAUGAAAAAAGGCACCCAACUUUUGGAGAUCUACGCCCUCGAGAUUCAAAUGUAUACAGCACAGAAGAACAAUAAGAAGCUUAAAGCUCUUUACGAGCAGUCGCUGCAUAUCAAAUCGGCAAUACCUCAUCCCCUCAUUAUGGGAAUUAUCAGGGAAUGUGGUGGCAAAAUGCAUUUGAGAGAAGGAGAAUAUAACAAAUCUCAUACAGAUUUUUUUGAAGCUUUCAAGAAUUAUGAUGAAUCUGGAUGUCAAAGACGAACACAAUGCCUUAAAUAUCUCGUUUUGGCCAGCAUGUUGAUGAAGUCCGGAAUAAAUCCCUUUGAUUCUCAAGAAACCAAACCCUAUAAGAACGAUCCACAGAUCAUGGCGAUGACAAGUCUGGUCACAGCGUAUCAAAACAAUGAUAUAGCCGAGUUCGAGAGCAUAUUACGGCGCGAGCGGGACUCAAUCAUGGAGGAUCCGUUCAUCCGCGAGCACAUCGAGGACUUGUUGCGCAAUAUUCGUACCGAGGUCCUGAUCAAAUUGAUCCGACCGUACACGCGUAUUCGCAUUCCAUUCAUCUCGCAACAACUCAAACUCAGCGAUGCGGAGGUGGAGAGUUUACUCGUGGCUUGUAUCCUGGACAACAGUAUACAGGCAAAAAUUGACCAAGAACAACAGAUUUUGGUCUUGAGCCCGGAAGCCACAUCCGAAGCACGUUAUCAAGCGCUAGACAAACUGGCUGUUCGUUUGCGGCACUUGCAAAUCGCAAUGAGUGGUCGCUUGCCCAUUGCCAGUUGA